UUAGAAGAAGAGAUUAUUGCACUCCGACCCUGGAAUUCCUCUUCUAUUGAUGGCAAAUGACGUGGUUACGUCGACAUCCAGUGGUCCUACAGAACAGUUGUCAUACUGCUUGAAUUUACUCUCCCACCACACCAGCCAACAGCCAGCGCUGCGUAUGCCACGAACAAAAAAGUAAAUUCCGUUCGGCUUGUGGCUGUCAUCCUGAAUUUGUUGAAUUUCUACGGUUUACACCAAAGCGCAUCGCUUUUUAGAUUUAUUACUUAAGUUCAAGUGCCCAUACUAUGACGGAGCGAAUAAUGCAGGAGGAUGGUGGAACGCCUACGCUCACCGAUAACAGCCUCAUUGUGGACAUCUCAGAUGCACUCAGCGAAAAAGACAAAGUCAAGUUCACUGUGCACACCAGAACCACCCUGAAAAACUUCCAAAAGUCUGAAUUUCUUGUAGUUAGGCAACAUGAAGAAUUUAUAUGGUUGCAUGAUAGAUAUGAAGAGAAUCCAAUUUAUGCUGGAUACAUUAUACCGCCACCGCCUCCACGUCCCAACUUUGAUGCCUCAAGAGAAAAGUUACAAAGACUGGGUGAAGGGGAAGGCACCAUGACCAAGGAGGAAUUUAAUAAGAUGAAGCAAGAAUUGGAAGCAGAGUAUUUGGCAACGUUUAAAAAAACCGUGGCAAUGCACGAAGUUUUUCUCACUCGCCUUGCGAGCCAUUCCAUUUUCCGCGAGGAUGAACACUUGCGUGUGUUCCUCGAAUUUGACCAAGAUCUUUGCGCCCGUCCACGCGGCAAAUUACAACAAUUGGGAGGCUUGGUGAAGAGUCUCGGUUCUACCACCGACCAAUAUUAUCUGAACGCUACUGUUCGCGACGUAAAUGACUUUUUCGAACAGCAGAUGAACUCGCUAACUGAAUAUCAUGGCCAGUUGAAGGAGGCCACUAUGCGCACUGACAAGAUGACUGAGAAGCACAAAGAAGUAGCUGAUAGCUACAUUAAAAUCUCAGGGGGAUGCGUGCAAAUGGCUAAUAUUGAUCCAGGUCCAUUAGAUAAGUUUCUCAUGAAGGUUGCGGAUAGUUUUGAGAAAGCACGAAAAAUGGAAAGUCGUGUUGCAAGUGAUGAAGAUCUUAAACUAGCCGAUACUUUGCGAUACUACAUGCGUGAUAGUCAAGCAGCGCGAUCAUUAUUAGUGCGGCGAUUGAAAUGCCUAGCAGCGUAUGAAGCUGCGAAUCGUACGCUGGAGAAGGCUAGACAGAAAAAUAAAGAUAUUCAUGCGGCUCCUGAAGUUCAAGAGGCAGAAACAGCUCAAUCGGAAGCGUGUGAACGUUUCGAGGCGAUAUCCGCACAGGCAAAAGAAGAAUUACUCGAUUUCAAGACUAGGAGAUUACAUGCAUUCAGAAAGAGUUUGAUCGAAUUGGCCGAACUGGAGAUAAAACACGCGCGCACCCAACAGGAACUGUUCCGAAAAUCGCUUCAGGGUCUGCAGGAGCUGAUGUAACAGUAAAAUUUAAUGGGUCCUUAUAUUUUUUUCUCGUUAUUGUAUCAGAUACAAUACAAAUCGCCAACACACAUGUGGAAUUUAAGUAUAUAUUAUUUCUCGUUAUGUUAUCAAUAUUAUUAUGAAAAGAAAUAUACAUUCCAAAUGUAUCAAAAAGAAAUUUAUUUUAUCUGGAAUGUAUUAGGAUAAUUAAGUCCGUUUUAAUCAAAUCUAUAUUCUUAUGAUUAUUAUUACUGCAAAGCAAACAUUGUAAAUGGAAGGAAAUGCAAGGAAAACGGUAAAAAUUCUAUAAGAACAAAUUUAUGUAUUGUAUAAUGUAUGUUGUUUAUAUUUGAAUAUAAAAUUACAUUUUA